AUGUCACCUUUAACGCCAGUUAUACCCAUGCAAUUUGAAACUCCUUCUACGCCCUCAGCCUCUCUGGAAUCCGCAAUUUUUGGACCACCUGAGGAUUUCAUUAAGUCUCCAGCGCCUGAACUAAUCAGCACACCGGCACCGUUAUCACUGUUAUCUUCGUUAUCAAACACGACACUCAUACCCCCAAUGGAAACUCAACAACUGGCAACACCACCAGCUAUUGAUACUGCCGAUUCAGUGAUAAGCAAUACUGAAGUCAACGAUGUUCUCGAAUCGAUUAAAGCAAGCAAUGAUUCAGCUGAACAGUCACUCUCUUCAGAUGCUUUCCACACUCAGAUAUCUUCAACUGCACUUCCAUACAUUGACAAUACAACCAAUUCUGCAAAGAAUGAUGGAAACGCUACCGCUGACGGUGAUGAUGAAAUAAAUGUUGAUGGAUGCUUCGGGAAGAUACGAACUGCUAGUAGUGUAGAUCAAAAAUUCAAAGCUAACAUGGAUAUGAUGACUCAAAUGGCUAGACUUGACAAAAUUGAUGAAUUACUCAGGAAAAAGAUACGAAAACUGUGUACUGCGAAAGAAGCACAUGCAGCCGAAACGUUUUUGGAUGCUCGACAAAUGGGCGUUGAUAUUGCACGGAUGAUCACAACGAACUUAACGAAGGAGGAAAGAGAUAUACUCAAUUUAUGGGAAUCUGUCAAAGAUGUAUUGUCACAACGUGCGUUCUACCUUUACAAAUAUCAGACGUUCGGCGCUGAAGCGGACGAGAUGAAACUGGUAGAACUGGUGGAUGGAAAGUUGAUGUUAGUGAGUGCAGGUGAUGCGGAAGAAAACGACGAAAUUAAAGGAUAUGUUAAGGGUCUCUUCCUGCCCGAAGAGUCGUAA